AUGGCGGCGGCGGCCUCGCAGCGAGACCCGGGGGACUGGCAGGACUUCUCGGGCUUCCAGCCCUCCGCGGGGAGCGGUCCCGAAGCUGCCCGCGACAAAAGCGGCUGGGGCGGUGGGGAUUUGGGGGCGAAGCUGUCCCUCUGCUUUGAGCCCCCGCAGGCCCGGGCUGGCGGCGGCGGCGAGAGCCGCGUUCCGCUGCGGCCCCUCACGGAGCAGAGCGCCCUGCAGGACGACGAGAUUUGGAAUGCUUUGACUGAUAAUUAUGGUAACGUAAUGCCAGUUGACUGGAAAUCUUCCCACACCAGAGCUUUGCACUUGCCAACACUGAAUCUUUCAGAAAAAGGGGUAAAUGAUAACUUGAACCUUGACCUGUCAGACGAUGAGGAGCUGAGAGAACAGUUGGAUAUGCAUUCUAUCAUUGUUUCCUGCAUCAAUGAUGAGCCACUCUUCACAGCAGAGCAGGUGAUUGAAGAAAUAGAGGAAAUGAUGCAGGAAUCACCUGAUCCAGAAGAUGAUGAAACUCCCACCCAAUCAGAUCGGCUCUCCAUACUUUCCCAGGAAAUUCAGACACUCAAGAGAUCCAGUACAAACAACAGCUAUGAAGAGAGAGUAAAAAGAUUGUCUGUUGCCGAGUUAAAUGAACUGCUAGAAGAAAUUGAGACUGCUAUUAAGGAUUAUUCUGAGGAACUGGUACAGCAGUUGGCUCUACGAGAUGAGUUGGAGUUUGAGAAGGAAGUGAAAAACAGCUUCAUUUCUGUCCUCAUCGAAGUACAAAACAAACAGAGAGAACACAAAGAAACGGCAAAGAAGAAAAAGAAGCUGAAAAAUGGUAGUCCUCAGAAUGGCAAACAAGAAAGAGGUCAUAUGCCUGGAACACGCUUCAGCAUGGAAGGGAUCUCAAAUGUCAUACAGAAUGGCUUCCGCCACACGUUUGGAAACUCGGGUGGAGAGAAACAGUACUUAACAACCGUCAUUCCUUAUGAGAAGAAAAAUGGACCCCCAUCUGUUGAAGAUCUUCAGACAUUAACCAAAAUCCUGCAUGCCAUGAAAGAGGAUAGCGAGAAAGUGCCAAGCUUGUUAACAGACUAUAUUUUAAAGGUUCUGUGUCCUACAUGAAGAGGACUGCCUUUCAGAAUUAGCCGUGCUCCUUCCUGUGAUGAGAAGCUUUCUGUGGAUACAACUCAUAGUAUUUUUUCAUUUGGCACUAUACCUAAACCAGUAUGCAUUUACCUCCUCUUUGUGUGCGACAAUUUUCUGAUCCUACAGUAAGUCUUCUGGGCAUGACAACUCAUCCAUUUUAACUUAAUAGUGCAAUGAACUGGAGCAGGGAACAAACAUUGUACAGUUUUACUCACAUUGUUCUGGCUUUUUAAAGUCUAUUUUUACAUUGUAUAGCAUGUAGUAAAUCCUCCUGCACAUUUUGUUGUUGGAAGGAAAAGUAAACUUUCAAUAGUGUAAAUAAAAUAAGCCUAGUUUUAAGGAAUCCAUGUUUAAAAGCAUCCUUAGUUCCUAUAGCAAAGAUACAAAAAGGAUCAUAGUCGGGCUUGGAUUAAAAGAUUCAAGUGAGUUCUGCCAGAAGCACUCCAGAACACUGUUGGUGGAAGUCAGCAUUCAACACUUCUUUUAAAACAGUAACUUUGAUUGAACUACACAACAGUAUUGUUCAUACAGUGAGCAAAUCCAGAUUCUUUGAUGGUUUGGCAUAGGUAAUUGGUAUGUUACCUAUCCUUGUUAUCUAACACAAACACCCAAGUAAUGUAAUAUUUCAUAUUUGUCUUUAUUUUAAUUAUUAAUGUUCAUGUGGCUUAGAUACUCUCCCAUAUUGCUGCUAUAAUUUUACUGGUUUUAGUAAGUGUUUGAUCUUAAUGAAAAUGCUUCAAUAUAUAAACAUUUUAAAAGACUAUAUCUUUUUAAAAAUACAUGUACAGUUUGAAAAACAUGCACCUGAGUGCCAAGUUAGUAUUAUAUUGAGAUGUUGGUUGUUGUGUAUCUCUAAAUUUUGCUACAAAUCUCUCUUGUAAAUUGUAUGCACUGUCUCCUCUGUGAUGAUGUUAUCUGCAUUCAAACAGAUGAGAAUGUAUUUUACAAAUCCUGUAAAAGAAACGUACCCCAUAAUCUCAACAUUAAAUACUUGCCACAAAUAAUUUUGCCAGUCUUAAAGAUUAGAUUGAAAUGUAAGGAGUACUAAUAAAAAUAAAGGAACUAUUUUCUAGGUUGAA